GAUGACAGCUGCAAGCGUUAAUACUUGUGGGAGGGGGCCGAGGCGUCGAGGAGAAGGAGGCUGCGGAGCUGCGCCAUCGCGUGCCCAUCGCUUGGGUUCCAGAGUUUCUCGCGAGCCCAACUGUUCGUCCACCCACAGCUUGCCUAGUUGUUACGACAUAUGGAGACACUUGAUAGAUUUAUUUGGAACAGUUGACCAUGUAUUUGGAGCGGCGUCCGGCAGCGUCCAUUUGUUUGCUCUGCCUGCUAGCCUCGUUGCUCCAUACCGGCCGUGCAGCAUGGUCGAGCGAUCUUGGAGUGGUGCAGCUCCCUAAAAUGUUCGCGAUCGCGCCGCUCGCUCAAGCCGAGCCAAAGCGGUCAGCUACGGUCGUAAUGCAGGCGUGGGCACGUAGAGUGGGCGGCCAAGACGUCGCCUUCGGCCUGCCGCACCAGCAGCAGGCAGCGCUCAGAGUGAUGUUGUGGGUCGACUACACGGGCGACUUGCACCUCCGGCUCUUCGGUCACCUGCGUCUGCCGGUGGACCCGGCCGCCUGGCAGCCGCGCCUGGUGCUGGAGGGGCCGGACCCGCUGCCGACUCUGGAAGCCCGCCUGGAGAGCGGCCCCGAGCUGCUCAGCCGGGUGCAGGCGCAGUGGCUGCGGCCCUACUCGCUGCGAUUCGAGCUGCCGCCGGAGUAUGCCAAUGUCACGUGCUUCAAGCUGCUGGAGAAGAGUUACCCAGGACACAAGGCGCCCUUCUGUGUGCCGCUGGAGGGCGGCGCUGACGGCGGCAGGCGCGGUGUGGACAACAGUGACGACUUGCGGCCGAUGUCGGUGUGCGAGGAGCUGGCACCGCGCGACCGACACACCGACUCCUCGCCGGCGCUGUGGGCCGCCAUCGGGCCGCCGCGGCACGCGCACAGCACGCGCGACUGGGGCGGGCACAUGGAGCAGGUCGCCAUUCGUACGGUGCACUACCUGGCGUACCACGUGGCGAUGGGGAUGUCGGGGUUGCUGCUGUACACGGACGCGGUGCAGCGGCACUACCUGCGCCGGGUGCCCGCGCUGCAGCCCUACCUCACAGCGGGGCACCUCAGGCUGGUGGAGUGGGACUACUCGGAGCGCAACCACGCGGAUGACGGGCGGGGCCGGAGCCUGGGCUACAACUACGACCAGGCGCUGUUCGCCAGCCACGCGCUGCUGGGGCUGUCAGCGUGCGGCACCAAUGUGGCGCUCAUGAUCAGCGACCUGGACGAGUACCUGUACGGCACCAAGCCCGAUGCGCGCUGGCCGGAGCCAUACGCGCGGUGCGUCCCCCGCACCGCCGGCGACGGCGGGCGGCCGGUGGUGAUCCACACGCUGCAGCGCAUGGAGAUGCUGAGCAGCGCGGUGCCGCCCGACGACGAGCCGGCGCUGUGGACGGCCAUGCCCAACACAGCCGACCCGCAGGCGCCGCCGCGGCACCCGCUGGCGCAAUACGACCGACGUAAGCCCACUCCCAUGACGCACAACAUGCACAACAAGCCCAUCGUGCUGCCAGCGGGCGAGGUGGUGUUGUUCUUUGUGCACGAGGGCGCCGCAACGCGCGGCGAGCAGCAGGUGGUGGCCGCAGACUGCGUGCUGCUGAUGCACGUGCCCAACUACUGGCGGCCGCGCAGCAACAAGGAGGGCCAGUACCGGCGCUUCAACGUGUCCACCUUCCUGCCCUUCCAGCACUGGCUCUUCGAUGAGGCGCAGAACGGCGGCUCGGGCGUGACCUUCCUCACGUGAGCGCGAGAGCGAGCCAGGGAGAGGCAGUGGGCGGCGGCGAUGCGGCCCUAGAGAGGCGCCCUAGAGAGGCGGCACGUGGGCGAGCCAGCAGCACUGCAGCAAGGUGUCUGCCUGCAGGUAGCACCUUGAGGACGCAGUAAAGGUUGCUGCGUUAUUGCCCUGGGGGCAACACGUGCAGUGCAGCUGCAAGAGCGAGUGCGCACAUGAUUGGUUGCGAUGGUAGAUGCGAGAAACACAACAUGCGAACACAACCCUGCUGCACCCCCCAGAAAGUGCAGUGCGCCGAAGGCGCGCCUAGUGUGUUCUCGUGUGCGCAGAUGGGUACACGGGGACUGGAGGCGCGUGGUGCCCAAGCUUUCUUCAUGCCAUGUUAUUGCUUUACAUUAUUCGCGCCAGGGGCGAUGCGCACGUCUCCGUGAUUAUGUUCGCCAAAUUUACCGUAUUACCGUAGUCUUCCGUGUUGAGCGGCUGCAGCCUGUUGGCGGUGCUAGUCCUAGCCCGCACCUCGAACCCGUGACUCCAUGACUAGUGCCGCGAGGGUGGGCAGGUGGUGGUGCCGGUGUGUAGCCGGUGCAUGCGUGACAUAGGUGUCAGAGAACGUGGCGCUUAGAAAGACAUGUCGCAAGGAGAGGUCCAGGGUGCACACGGGUCGGUGGGAGGUUUUGCUGUGUACGGCGUCGUGGACACUGGGGGGCCCAUGCCCACAUGAGGGCACGUCCAUGAAGUGUGCUUCAUCCGUACAGAUAAAGCGGGGGGUCCUGUGCAGGCAUCUGAGCAGGUGUGAUCAUGUGCCUUGGCAUGGCGUGGGGGCACCUGAGUUACGGAGAUACAUUGCGCCAGUGUCACCGGGUUACCGGUCCCGCCAACGUGGGAUGGACAUAAAUAAGGCUGCUGUCGCGUGUUUGCUUGUGAUAGGCAGGAACCGGCAGGGCCGGCAGCCGUGUGGCGCUGGGAGCAGGACGGGCUGUGUAGCGAGCCGCAGGAUGCAAGGUCUGUGUGGCACUUACUGCAGAGCGCGGAGGGCGGCGGGUCCACCCUUCCCAGUACUCAGCAAUAGGCAUCAAGAUGCAGGGGGGAUAUGCGUGAGCCUCAGAUACGGUAGGUCACAGUAUAAUUACGGCUUUAGGGCGAAGUGUGAGCAUCAGAGAAUUGUCGGUCGGUGGGGGACAGCGGGUCUCAGUUUGUUUGCUGUUUGCACAGUUUGCGCUGCGGCGCAUUGCCAUGUUUGCUAACACGGUGCUGCAGCGUACGGGUUGAUUGUGAACAGAUAUUUGUAUGUGUUACUUGAAUGGGUUGGGGUAGAGACGCAGGACUCCGUGGCAGGACGAAAAGAGAGGUACCUUGGAUUGUGUGUUUGCGUUGCCAUGGGAUGCAUGGACGCCUGCGGCUGGCCAGGUGUAGGAAGUUGGCAGGAACGCGAUGGGACAGGGUAAGGGGGCAGGUUGGCGUAGUCCCUUGCCCUUGGUAUCGGCAGCAAGCCAGUCCGCCAGAGACUGCAGCUGAUCGCGUCUUCCCAUGCCGGGGUUGGUGUUGGCUCAAAGCACGCCUCGCGUGCAGAGUGCAAGCGGGCAAGAUUGCUGCCCACAACACUGCAUGUACGAUGCACGACUGCUGCUGCCCUAUGAGCUGCCUUGCCUC